UAUACUCCGUACUUCUCCAGACUCUAUCUCCAACGUCUACUUCUAUCCCCACACUACUUGACAUUGACGGUUGUUUGUAUAUUCCAUUUCAAGGAUAUUUGUUAUAAUGUCUCUCCCUUCAGUAGACUACGUCAGUGAUACCUGGAAGCAUGGCUUGUUCGCCAACAAGGUCGUCUUCUGUACCGGUGGCGCAGGUACCAUCUGCAGCGCCCAGGUACGCGCCAUGGUCUACUUAGGCGCCAACGCCUGCAUCAUCGGUCGGAAUGUCGACAAGACCGAAUCGGCCGCGCGCGAUAUCGCCACGGCCCGACAGGGGGCCAAGGUCAUUGGCGUUGGGGCCGUAGAUGUGCGCCAGAUCAAGAGUCUCCAAGAUGCCGUUGAUCGCUGUGUCAAGGAACUGGGUGCCAUUGACUUCGUGAUCGCCGGUGCGGCCGGGAAUUUCUUGGCUUCCAUCAACCAGCUGUCGGUCAAUGCGUUCAAGUCCGUCAUGGACAUUGACGUGCUGGGCUCCUACAACACGCUCAAGGCCACUCUGCCCCAUCUGGUCGAGUCGGCCAACAAGCACAAGGUGGACCCGGAGACCUUGAGACCCUCCCCCCUGGGUUCGGGCGGUCGCAUCAUUUUCGUCAGUGCGACCCUCCACUACCGCGGCACGCCCUUCCAGUCGCACGUCUCCGUGGCCAAGGCUGGUGUCGAUGCUCUGUCCAACAGUGCCGCCAUUGAGUUCGGUCCCCUGGGAGUGACCUCCAAUAUCAUUGCCCCGGGGCCGAUCGCGUCGACAGAGGGUCUGGACCGCCUGGUCCCCUCCGAUGUCAAAGCCGCGUACACCAAGUCGCAGCCGCUGGGUCGGUUCGGCUCCGUGCGCGAUAUCGCCGAUGCCACCGUGUAUCUGUUCUCCAACACGGGCAGCUACGUCACGGGCCAGACGCUCGUCGUGGACGGCGCAAACUGGCGCAUGUCGUCCGGUGGCACGACCGGGUCCAUGAGUUAUCCCGAUUUCCUGCUGACAGGCGAUGCCGUGCCGAACGUCAAGGGGCAGAAGAAGUCGAAGCUUUGAUCCAUUCUUUCCUUGCCUUUUCUUGCGGUGGUUUUGCGCAUUGGCGGUCGUUCUUUUCGUUUCGUUUGAUAGAUAGAUAGCCUGCCGGAGACUCAUGACUGGUCGAUGGUGUCAAAAUAAUGCAUUCGGAGAUUUGAUUCGCU